AUGGCAGGGCUGUCGGCACAGCAACCGUACACACAUGGAGGGAGGGUGAGACAUUCCAGCUCCGAUUCUUCCUGCUCUGACUCCUCCAGUGAGUCAGAGAGCAGCAGCCAGAGAUCCCGCAGUCCAAGCCCAGUAACACACUCCGAUCCUGGGUCACCUGCCAACACACAGUCCCUCAGCUGCACCAAGGAGACAGACCACCCCUCCUCCACUCAGUGGCAGUUGGACAAGUGGCUGAAGAAGGUGAGGAAAAAAAACUUGACCAGCGACCGGGACCCACACUGCUCACCUUCACCGGACCCCCACAAGGCCCCCUCUCCAGCCCGGUCCUGGGGCACACAGCAGGACUACAGCCCCAGUCAGAGCCCUAUCCCCAGCCCACACUUCAACUACAGCCCCAGGCAUAGCCCCAGGCAUAGCCCAAGCUUCAGCUCCUACCCUAGCCCUAGCCCUGGCCCCAGCACCUGCCCCAGUCCUGGGCCCAGCUCCAGUCUCAGACUCAGCCCUGUCCACAGCCCGGUUCGCAGCAUCUGUCCCAGCCCCAGGUCUAGCCGCAGCCCCAGCCCCAUUCCAAGGCACCCUCCAAAGAGCCCCAGCCCAAGCCUUCCUCCCUCCAGCCCCUGUCCCUAUCCUGGCCACAGUCCCCCUCAGGAACGUCUCAGGCCUCCUGUCCAGCCCAGACGAACAACCAGCCCCGUCCAAAGACCCAAGAUCAGGCCGUGGAUCGCUCCCGUGCUGACCGCUGACCCUGGGAGCCUACCCAGACACAGCUCUUCUACCCAGCCACCCUUCCAGCACAGCUCCAGGCCCAAAUCCUUACAGAACCAGGACCAGAGCAAAAGCAAACCUAAGGCCAAAGAGCAUCAGGCCUCAAGCCUGAUCUCACCGCCCAGCCACAAACACAGACCCAGGCCAAGUCCAAACUCUAGUCCCAGGCAUCAUUCCAGGCCCAACGCUAAACACAACAUCUCCUCGGCUGCUCCCAAACCCAACCAUCCGUCCAGACCUGAGCACCCAAGCAGCAAGGAGAGCAGCAGGACCAACCACAGCUCCAACUCAAACCCCCGGUCAACGUUUCGGCCAAGCUCCCGAACCAGCUCCAGCCCUCCUACAUCCAGAACCAAACACCCAGUACCUGUAGCAGGCCUUAACCGAGAAACCGGAGCCAAGGUCGGACACGAGUCUAAAUCAAGCUCCAGGUCUCAGUUUCAACAUAACUCCAAAGGCUCCUCUUCCCAUGCUGGUGCAGGGCCCAUCUCCAGUUCCAGCUCCAGGGCCAAGGUAAAGCCCCAGGAGGCCCCGGCUCCACAGCCCAAGCCCCCACAGAGAAGACCCCAACCCAGGGAGCAGGGGGUUGACGGCAGGGAGGGCCCUCAGACCCAGACCCCAGCUCCGGAGAGGCACAGGGAAAGAAAAGAGGAGAGAGCGAGAGAAAUUCCCAGCGAGAGACCGAGGGAGAAGAAAAAGGAGAAAAGGGGAGAGAGACAAGGGGGGAGACAGGGAGAGAGGAGACUGGCGGAGGAGCAGCUGCUACGACGCCCCUGGGUCCAGAGCUCAGAGGAAGAGGAGGAGGAAGAGGAGGAGGAGAAGAAGAGGCAGGAGAGGAGGGAGGAGAGAGAGAGAGAGGAGAAGAGGAGGAGGAGGGAGCAGCAGAGAGGCGAAUGGCAGGCCGUCCAGCCCAGGCAGAGACCACACACCAACAGCCAGCAGAAGCACCCUCACAGAGAGCCAGAUCACCCGGGGAGGACCAAGAAGAGGAGGAGGAGUGAGGAGGACGCCUCUCAGCCAGACCCCUCCCCUCCACCGUCCCCCUCCCCUACCCCGCUCAUCCCCCCGUCUUCCUCCUCUUCCUCCGAGUCCGACUCAGAGCGCGGGUUCCCCCCCGACGUCGCCAAGGUCCCGGCUGAUUCCACGUCCUGUCAGAGGCCUGUCCCCAGAGGGAGGCCCGGGGACAGCAGGCCCAAGGUAGUCUACCCCAGGGGCUCCUCCACAGGCAACCCAGGCGAGGGGCAGCAGGGCCGGGGCAGCCAGAAACUUUACACCCUGGUCCCGUUUGGCCGCAGCGAGCAGUGCACAGCGAGCUCCCAGAGAGGCCUGAGGAACCUGGUGGUGCAGAUCGACCUGACUCUGCUCAACAGGGUCCCAGACACCACCACCCCUCAGAAGCAGCCCUCCUCCUCGGCAUCAUCGGCAUCAUCGUCAUCCUCGCAGGCGAGGCCCAAGCAGAAGGAGGCCAUGAGACACCUGUACGUCCCCGACACUGACGGCAGAGACAGCAAGAGGAAACGCAAGUCAGAGAACGGCCUGUCCCACAGAGAGAACAAGAGAAGCUCCUCCCACAGCAACGGCCCCCCAGCACAGACCGACACCCCCGCUCACAAACACGCAGACCCCCUCCACCAGAGCCAUCACAACGGAUACUUGGAGGAGUACCUGGAUAGUAAGAGACCCCUGUCCCCUCUGUCGCCUCUCUCUGACCCCCCAAAGCCCUCCAAGACCCCCAUCAAACCCCAGCACCACGCGGAGCAGCACCACACACACAGAGGCAGAGACUCUGCCACACAUGUGCCCCCAGCCAAGCCUAAACUGGAGGUGGAGUGCGUGGGGGUGUCGGGGGCCCCCAAGCCUGGUGCUGAGUCCUGGGGUCUCCCGGAGAGACGGACAGCAGGGCAGAGAGGGGCGCAGCCCAGCCAUGAGCCACCUCACCAUGCUGAAUACUACAUGCACGAAGCCAAGCGGAUGAAGCACAGAGCAGAUGCCAUGGUGGAUAAGCUGGGGAAGGCUGUGAACUAUGUGGAUGCAGCGCUCUCCUUCAUGGAGUGUGGCAAGGCCAUGGAGGAGGGCCCUCUGGAGGCCAAGUCCCCCUACACCAUGUACUCUGAGACUGUGGAGCUUAUCAGGUAUGCCAUGAGACUGAAGAGCCACUCAGGUCCAGGUGCCAGACAGGAAGACAAACAGCUGGCCGUUCUGUGUUUUCGGUGCCUUGCUCUCCUCUACUGGCAGAUGUUUCGUCUGAAGAAAGACCAUGCCCUCAAGUACUCCAAAGCAUUGAUGGACUAUUUCAAGAGUUCUCCAAAAGUGCCUACGACACCACCCCUCUGGAACGACUGUGGCAAGGCUACAGGGGGACCGCCAGCCUCCCUUUCCCCCAACCACUCACACCUAGUCCUGGGACCCCAUACUGGCAGUUCCCCCGCCACCCUGGUCAGCAUUCCCCAUCGCAUUCACCAGAUGGCAGCCAACCACCUGAACAUCACCAACAGUGUGCUGUACAGUUAUGAGUACUGGGAGGUGGCAGAUACCCUGGCCAAGGAGAACAAGGAGUUCUUCAACUAUCUGAACACACUGUCGGGCCCACUGACUCUACACAGCAGUGUGGGACAUGCUGUUCAGUACACCAGACAAGCCCUGCAGUGGAUUCGCAUCAGUGCCAAACUGGCCUAGCCUGGCACCGAAAUGGUUACCAUGAGGUGCCUAUAACUUAAACACCAACAGACACACAUGUACGUACUUCUCGUGAUGUCACAGACUCUGUCACAGACUCUUCUGGAACCUGUGACCUUUGAACUCCUUGGAUUAUAAAAGGCGGGAGACUGGACCCGGUCACCUGGCGUUCUUCUCUGGUUUAGGAAGUCUUCUGGUUGGAUCCAUACGUCUUCUCUACACCCAUCACUUACCGUCAAGAAGGAAGCUUCCUAUUGGACGAAUAUGAGCCUAACAUGUCAUACGUCCUCCAAACAGGAACAAAGUAGCUGCUGAUGUCAUACAUGAUGUCACACAUCUGGCUCAUGACAUCACUUCACGGGAGCCACACUAUAGAAACUCCGGCUCCAUUUCAAAAGUAGUUCCACAUUUCAAAAUUCUUCCAGACCAUUCUUUCUUUGUUCCUGGAGUUUUAAUGCUGGGAAUCAUUUGAACAGAGGAGUAAGAUCUCCUCGUUGCUUCCUCUUCUUCGAUGGAUUAACUGUGAGGCUCCUUCACCUCGCUGCUUUGCCGAAAGGAGGCGUCAUCUGACACAAGAGAUCGAGGAUACAUUUCAGCGCACCAGUGAGGUCAAGUGUCUGUUUUUCAUGUCUUGUAAAGUGUGUUCAGUUGUUCAGCCCACUCACUGAAUAAAGAGGGGACUUAUUAAAGAGACUACAUUUCCCAUGAUCCAUAUGAGGACUGUUGGUUAUAGAAGAGAAAACAAUACUUGGGACAUGCUGGACAGCGAUACAAGUCAUAUGGGAUCGGCAGACCUCUCUCUCUUUUUUACUACAAUAUGUCAUAGGUAUUUUCAAUGUGCAAUACGUGCCUGAUUUUUGUAACUAGGACACCUCAGUAAUGACAUAUCGGCAAGUGGAGCAGCCAACGUUUAAGCCCCUCCCUCUCUAUGCAAGAUUAUUUAUGACGUUUUCAUGUUUUUGCCUCGUGAGGUCCUUGAUCCAUAAACUCCUUUUAUUGAUACCA